ACAGUCAGGUUAGGAGCAGGCAGUCAGGGAGAAACAGUCAGGUUAGGAGCAGGCAGUCAGUGAGAAACAGUCAGGUUAGGAGCAGGCAGUCAGUGAGAAACAGUCAGGUUAGGAGCAGGCAGUCAGUGAGAAACAGUCAGGUUAGGAGCAGGCAGUCAGUGAGAAACAGUCUGGUUAGGAGCAGGCAGUCAGUGAGAAACAGUCAGGUUAGGAGCAGGCGGUCAGUGAGAAACAGUCUGGUGUGCCAAACAGAAUCCACUCCGUUCAGCACCAUGGACAGCAGCUGUUCGGAACGCGACAACUACGUGGCAACAACACAGCACCGCAUCACAGUCUCUCCACAAAGCGAUCCGUGGGCGGUGUUUGACACCCGGUAGCGGCUGGGGAGCGUGGGGGCUGGCUGGCUGUCAUCUGUUUCACCGGCACGUUUCACGGAGAGGAGCAGCCAGGCGCCCACCUACCGUUGUUUUUUUUUUUUUUAAACCUCCAGAUUGACUUCCGUUUACGCUUUCACCGCUGUUAGGGUCAGCUCACUAGACUGGACAGGACUAAAACAUUGAGAUUUCAGAGAACAAACCGGGUUUGAAAAACGGGAUAUAUAUAUAUUUGUUUUAAUUUGUGCUUUUCGGUGCAGGUGUUUGAGUGAGGGCGCAAAAGAGAGAGGAGAGAGAGCGUGUAAGUGCCGUGUUGUUUGUGUCGGUGUUUCGGCUAAACCGCCUUAUGUGUUUGUGUGUAGCUUGCUAUGGGUCUGUAUGAGUGUGUGUGAAUGUGUGUGUGUGUGUGUGUGUGUGUGGAGUGUGUUCGCUCUGGACUGGAGGAGAUAUCCAAGAAAAAUGUCAGCGUGUCAACAACAACAACAGAGGAAGGCUAACGGUCGGAUGUGUACUUGCCUUUUCUCUCAUACCGGGAGAUAGAAAAGGCGCUCGUUCAUUCAGGAAAGGAGGAGGACGUUACCGGAAUACCUAAGAGACGAGUGGAACUGAACCGUCUUCCCGCCUGUCUGACUGACUGUCUGUCUGCCUGGCUAACGUGAAUGAAAAUCUUUAGAGGAGGAGGAGAGCGUUUCAAUCCACAGCCGUCAAGGAUUCAAUCGACGGAUGAAGAUGGAGUCAUUCCGCCGCUGUGGACGUUAAACGGACGUUAGGUCUGGAGAGGCUGGUUGGAGAAGUUGAGCUGAAAGGAGACUGAACCGGGGGAAAGAGGGAGAGGCGGAUCGGGUAGCUGAAAGGAGACUGAACCGGGGGAAAGAGGGAGAGGCGGAUCGGGUAGCUGAAAGGAGACUGAACCGGGGGAAAGAGGGAGAGGCGGAUCGGGUAGCUGAAAGGAGACUGAACCGGGGGAAAGAGGGAGAGGCGGAUCGGGUAGCUGAAAGGAGACUGAACCGGGGGAAAGAGGGAGAGGCGGAUCGGGUAGCUGAAAGGGACACAGACCAGCCCUGGAUUUCAACAGGAGAUUCCAAGAAGAAGAAGAGGAAGAAGAGAAAUAUGUGGCGUCACCUCUGCCGCCAGUCUAGUCUGUGGUGGAGUCUUGAGCCAGUGGUCGUUAAAACGACCCGGCUUGAUCAGUGAAGCCCCUAGCCUUCUCUCUCUCUCUCUCUGUCUCUCUCUCUGUGUCUCUCUCUCUCUCUCUCUCUGCUCUCUACCUCGCUCUUCCUUUCCCUUCUCUUUAAAUGUAAAUGACAUCGUUUUUUUCUCAGUAAGUAAGCUGUCUCGUGACGUGAGAUACUCAAAACCGUCAAUGAAGAUGUUGAUGUGUGACCGGGGCGUCCAGAUGCUGGUGACCACCGUGGGGGCUUUCGCCGCCUUCAGCCUCAUGACGAUAGCGGUCGGGACCGAUUACUGGCUGUACUCACGAGGGACGUGCAAAAGCAAAAGCACCAAUGACAACGACACAAGCCGGAAGAACGAAGAGGUGAUGACUCACUCUGGUCUGUGGCGAACCUGCUGUCUGGAAGGAACGUUCCGAGGUGUGUGUAAGAAGAUCGAUCACUUCCCAGAGGCCACAGAUUAUGAGGCAGACGCUGCAGAAUACCUUCUAC